UCAAUCUCUGCCAUCCCCACAGACUGACUCCAUACCCCGGAAAAGCUGUGCCUUCAGCAUGGAGGACCCUUCGCUUUCUAUAAAGGUCACUCUCUUCCAGUCAUUUCCCCCACAGCUCUGAACAUCAACCUCUCGUACGCGCAUAGUCAACAUGGGAAGAUUCGCACCCCCCUACUACAUCCUCGCCGUAGUUGUGUUGGCAUUUGGCGGUAUUCCCAAAGGUUAUGAUGAGGGUGGUUUCAGUGCCAGUGUGACUCUGCCAGCCUUCAAAGCUGACUAUGGACUUAACAAAAAUCUCUGGGUCGGCAACGCGACAGGCCUUGCCAAUCGUACCGCGAACAUCAGUUCGUUCGGUGUGCUUGGAGCUGCCUUCGGCGCUUUGAUCGCCUACUUCCUUAACGACAAGAUUGGGAGGCUGUGGUCAUACAGACUCGCGAUUCUUGUAUGGGGUAGCGGCAUUCUCAUGCAAGUCUUUUCAUCUGGCAUCUUUGGAUUCCUCCUUUUCGCAAGAAUAUGGGGUGGCCUGGGUGCUGGUGGUCUCACUGUCAUCUCACCGCUUUUCCUGUCCGAGAUUGCCCCAACGAAGACCCGAGGAAUGAUAGUCAGCAUGUACAUGGUAGUGCUGCUAUCUGUUUUGUCCUUGGGAUUUUUCGUCAACUACGGUGUCAGCAAGCACAUGGCACAAAGCAGGACCCAAUGGCAGCUGGUGCAGGCCAUCCCAUUGAUCCCGGUUGGUGUCGCGUUCUUCGCUUCCUGGUUGAUCCCAGAGAGCCCUCGCUGGCUCGCCUCCAAGAAUCGCGAUUCGGACUGCCUCUCUGCUCUCUCCCGCUUGAGGGGUCUGUCACCCGAUGACACCGCUCUGGUGGCUGAAUUCGAGAGGACCAAGUUGGAAGCAGAUGCUCUUGUGCAGAUGGGAAGCAUUUCCAUGCUGGAGACAGCAAAGGAAUGCUUCACCGAAUCGAACCUGCGAAGCCGCUUCUUCCUUGCCGUCAUGCUCCAUACCGUGGCUCAAUGGACCGGAGGUAAUGGCAUCACGUACUACAUUUCAGACAUUUUCCAAUACGCUGGCAUCCACGGCUCCGAGACAUCGCUCAUCACUUCCGGUGCUUACGGUUUAGUCAAACUCUUCAUCACUAUGAUCUUCGCCUGGGGUCUCAUUGACAAACUUGGCCGCAGGCGCUGUAUGCUGGCAGGUUUGACUCUCCAAGGAAUCACCCACAUCUACAUGGCCAUCUACUUCGGCGCGAUUGGCCAGGGCAACAAGAGUGCGUCCGACGCUGCCAUUGCCUCCGUCUUCAUUUACGCCACCGGCUGGUCCAUUGGACUCUGCACAAUUCCCUACAUCUACGGUACCGAGAUCUUCCCCACCAAGGCUCGCAGCUUCGCGUAUGCGACGACCAUGUGUCUACAUUGGUUCUUCCAAUUUGCAGUCGUGCGAGUCACGCCUGUCAUGCUUGCUGCAUUGGAUAAGUGGGGAGCGUACGUGUUCUGGACCACGAUCUGCGCAAGCGGCAUCGUCAUCCUCGGUCUUUGGGCUCCAGAGACCAAGGGAGUCCCUCUGGAGCGCAUGCACGAGCUGUUCGACCGCCCGUGGUACAAGUGCUGGAAUGCGAAGCUCGAUUAUCGAGAUGAUUCGGACAGUGCAUACGUAGAGAAACUGGGUGAGAAGGACGUGGCGGAGCAACGACAGCGUGAAGUUGCAUCCUAAAGAUGCACUGUAUCCUUUAUCUAUCUAUAAUACAGAUCUACGGUCGUCUUCUAUUGUUGAGGGCUGAAUAAU